AUGAAAGCUGGUUGUGGCAUCGACAUCGACCACAUUCCAAUGAUGAAUUACAUCCAAACACGAGUUCCCCGGCUUCGAGCACCACAUAUACAUGGAGUCCUCCAGGAUGGUCGCCGUAGCUUUGUGUUCAUGACUCGCAUUAAAGGCGAGCCACUUGACAGAGUUUGGAAAACGCUCGAUAACUCCCAGAAGGAAUCUAUCAAAGAGCAAUUAGAGAUCAUGUUCUCUGGCAUCAGAUCACUAACCCCACCUCCCUCAGACGAGCCACAUGCCCUUCUUGGUGGUGGCAUUCCGAGGAGAUGCCGAGAUGCAAGGAGGCAUGUACGAGUCGCAGAGAAACCCAUUGAAAGUAUGGUCGAGUUCAACCUAUUCCUUACCACUGAUCCACAUCGUACGGAGACUGGGAGGUUAAAAAUGAUCCGCUCAUUCCUUUCCUCCGAUCAUAAAUUUGUUAUGACAUACGGUGACCUCCAUCCCCGCAAUAUCAUGGUCAUUACGUCCAAUAUACUCCCUUCGGACGUUUUUACGCCGUUAGUUAAGGUUACGGGUUUGCUAGACUGGGAGAUGUGUAGCUAUUAUCCUGAUUAUUGGGAGUAUGUGAAAAUAUCACAUACUAUUCACCCUGGGGAUGGUUUUGACGAUUUGGUGGAAUUAUCUACCAGCUUCGAUUGGAGUAUGGCCCAAGGAGUAUAG